AUGUACCUCCUGGGUUCGGUCUGGGGAGCCCUGGGCCGGGACCCGCCGCGGGAGAAGCGCGGCGGCGAGGCGCACGCCGCGGCCGAGGAGCCCGAAGUGGGCGGUGGGGAGUCGCGGGACGGCAGCCCCCUGCCCGGGGAGGACCCCGCCGCCGCUGGAAGGCGACCCGAGGAGCUCUGCCGAGAGCGACAGGACCCGGGCGCCGGAGAGGUUGGGACUGCGAAGGAUGCGGCCAUAACAGGUGACAUUCCAAUAACGACUAUCCCCCCUGUUGAACCUCACUGUGAUAGCGGUCAAGAGACGGCAGCCGCCCCUGACCCUUCCUCUGUUGAUCCACCCUCAGAGCAAUCGAUUGAUCGUAUUUGUUUGAUGUUUGCUGACGUGACUUCACUGAAAAGCUUUGACUCUCUUACAGGCUGCGGAGAUAUUAUUGCGGACCAUGAGGAGGAUGUGGGCGGCGGGAGUGGCGGCUGCGAGAAGAGCGCCCCUGGGGCCGGCAAGCUGGGUGCCUCCAAGAAGCACCCCACCAUGCUGGCCUACCAGGGAGGAGGGGAGGAGAUGGCCAGCCCGGACCAGGUGGACGACACCUACCUGCAGGAGUUCUGGGAUAUGCUGUCGCAGACAGAGGAGACCCAGACAGAAGGAGGAGGAGGAGGUGGAGGAGGGACAAAGAAGCCCGAGGGGUUGAAGGAGAACCGAGGUACCGAGGGGGCCCAGAACAGGGUGGCGGUAAAACGUGGUGGCCUCCACCAGAUCCCCAUUCACCUCAGCCACAAAGAGGAGCAGAAGGGCAGGGAGAAGGAGCAGCACGAAGGAGUCCCAAACAGCGACGAGGGCUACUGGGAUUCCACCACCCCUGGUCCCGAGGAAGAUGGUUCCACAAGCAUCCAGAAGGAGACCAUUCCCAGGGACAGCUACAGCGGGGAUGCUCUCUACGACCUCUACACCGAACCGGAUGAGAACCCACCAGCGGGGCCUACGGAUGAAGAGGUCACCUGUGUGCCACGCUCCAAGCCCGUGUCUCCAAUAACAACCACGUGCUCACUGAAAACACCCUCAAGCACAAUGAAGGACUCCAAGAUACCCAUCAGCAUUAAACACCUUUCGUCGCAUCCUGCCAGCCUGCAUGGAGCAGACGCCAGUAACAGCCAUCAUGUCGCACACCAUCACCUGGCCAAAAGCGAGAUGCACAGAACAAAAAUCCCCGUCUCUAAAGUACUGGUACGCCGGAUCAGUAACAGGGGCUUAGCAGGGACAGCAGUGAAAACUGCCAUGUACCAGGACAGUGCCAAAAAGUAG